AUGAAGUCGAUAAUCCUCAGUCAUAUGCGUUCUUCUAGCAUGCCUUCGAGACCUUAUUACGCUCUAAUCCCCGAAUUCGAACUCCAUUUGCAAAAAAUAAAAUCCGAUAAUCUCCCCACCACCUCUUCUUCAUCUCUAUCCUCAAUCGCCGAAAAAAUGAACAAUCUCGAACAAAUCCACGAUUUGAUCGACAACUUACUUAUUCUCCCACAUACCCACCAAAUUUUCACCCGAGAAAGCCACGGAAAAUGGGUCGACGAAAUCUUGGAUGGAUAUCUGGGCCUAGUGGACGCUUGUGCCGCCGCUAAAGAUUUUGUCUCCCAAUCCAAAGAUUCCAUUUCGAACCUCCUUUCAGUCCUCAGGCGAAAGCGCCGCUCAGAAGAUCUUUCCGAGUUCAUCUCCUCAAGAAAGACGAUCAAGAAACAAAUACAAAAAUCGUUGAGAAAAAUCAGGAGCUAUAAAAAUAGCUCCUCUGUCUUAAAAACAGGGGAGAAAGAUCAAGAAACACUUGCAAUCAUCAGUAUGUUGAAGGAGGCCGAGUCGAUUACUUUAGAGUUGAUCGAGGCACUUUUGUCGAGCAUUUCUCAUUCGAAAGACGGAAGUAAAUGGCCCCUAGUUUCGAAGAUUAUGGGAUCGAGAAAAGUUUCGUGCCACGAGCACGAGCACAAGAGCUCGAUGCUCGAGUUUGGAGAUUUGGAUGCUUCGUUGAGUAAAUUUGUUAGUAAAUGCGAGACGGGCUCAAAAAUCGAGGAUUUGCAGCGACAGUUGAGGAAGAUGGAGUUGGUUAUUACAGUUAUUGAAGAAAGAUUGGAGUGUUUGUUCAAACUUCAUCAUCUCAAGAAAGACGAUCAAGAAGCAAAUACAAAAAUCAUCGGGAGCUAUAAAAAGAACUCCUCUGUUUUAGAAACAGGGGACAAAGAUCAUGAAACAAUUGCAAUCAUCGGCAUGUUGAAGGAGGCCGAGUCGAUUACUUUGGUAUUGAUCGAGGCACUUUUGUCGAGCAUUUCUCGUUCGAAAGAUGGUUCGAGGCUAAGUAAAUGGUCCCUAGUUUCGAAGCUUAUGGGGUCGAGAAAAGUUUCGUGCCACUGCCAUGAGCAAAAGAGUUCGAUGCUCGAGUUUAGAGAUUUAGAUGCUUCAUUGAGUAAAUUUGUUAGUAAAUGCGAGACAGGCUCAAAAAUCGAGGAGUUGCAGCAACAGUUGAGGGAGAUGGAUUUGGUUAUUAGAGUGAUUGAGGAAAUAUUGGACACGAUGAAGUCGAUAAUUCUAAGCCAUAUGCGUUCUUCUAGCAUGCCUUCAAGACCUUAUUACCCUCUAAUCCCCGAAUUCAAACUCCAUUUGCAAAAGAUAAAAUCCGAUAAUUUUCCCACCUCUUCUUCUUCAUCUCUAUCCUCAAUCGCCGAAAAAAUGAAAGAUCUCGAGCAAAUCCACGAUUUGAUCGACAACUUACUUAUUCUCCCACAUACCCACCAAAUUUUCACCCGAGAAAGCCACGAAAAAUGGGUCGAACAAAUCUUGGACGGAUAUCUGGGCCUAGUGGACGCUUGUGCCACCGCUAAAGAUUUCAUCUCCCAAUCCAAAGAUUACAUUUCGAACCUCCUUUCAGUCCUAAGGCGAAAGCGUGGCUCUGAAAAUCUUUCCGAGUUCAUCUCCUCAAGAAAGACGAUCAAGAAACAAAUACAAAAAUCGUUGAGAAAACUCGGGAGCUAUAAAAAUAGCCCCUCUGUUUUAGAAACAGGGGACAAAGAUCAAGAAACAAUUGCAAUCAUCGGCAUGUUGAAGGAGGCCGAAUCGAUUACUCUAGAGUUGAUCGAGACACUUUUGUCGAGCAUUUCUCGUUCGAAAGACGGUUCGAGGCUAAGUAAUUGGUCCCUAGUUUCGAAGCUUGUGGGGUCGAGAAAAGUUUCGUGCCACGAGCAUAAGAGUUCGAUGCUCGGGUUUGAAGAUUUGGAUGCUUCGUUGAGUAAAAUUUUUAGUAAAUGCGAGACGGGCUCGAAAAUCGAGGAGUUGAAGCAACAGUUGAGGGAGAUGGAUUUGGUUAUUGCAGUGAUUGAGGAAAGAUUUGAGAGUUUGUUCAAACGUUUGAUUAAGUCGAGAGUUUCACUGCUUAACAUGCAGAGCCAGUUGUAG